AACAGGUGUAUCUACCCUCUGCUACGUUCUAUAGCUGAAUGUACAGAUCUGUAUAUCAGAAAGGACAAUUAAGUUACCACAUGACAAUCAUUCGUCCUCACUGUCGCUGAACAGCGUACGGCAGAGAGAUCGAGCAGGGUCUUCCCCCCAGCGACGACCGGCGCGCGUGCACAGACCAGGCGAAUGUUGCUCACAGCACAACGGCGUUCCCAACACUCAUAGCGUCGAAACUGCGAUUUUCACUCAUCGGCGCGCACGCAGGUUCGAAUCUCUCCUUGCGCACCCACAUCUUACAAUCUUUUUCCCACAAUCCGCUUUCGGACCAUCACGUCAAGAAGUCAUGCUCAGCCAUGGCUACAGGUUCGGAUGUAUUACUGGAGCACCUGUUGCUUCAAGUCGCUCUGUCUGGUGAAAUCGGAUUUACCAUCACUGCACUGAGCGACGCUUUUAUCGAAUUCAAUGACAAUAACGCUGCUGAAGUCGACGACGGCGAAGACGAUAACGGCGAUGAAGGAGAUUUACUCUUCUCGACAAAGCCUCCUGGUGCGAACUCGGCUGCGCAAUCACAAUCAUCUGAUCCACAACACUUAGAGAAGCUCUGGACUUGGCUCGUUGACCACCCGGAUGUCAAUGUCGUUGCGACUUCGACCGUCGUUGACGAUCAAUAUGGAAGGUCUAGAGAAGAUGACCCUUCCAAUCCCCUCACUCCCGUCUUCGAAGCACACGCAAAGGAGAGACUUUACACGAUAGAAGCUCGAAUCUGGCACGCUCUUACCGAUCACGACGUUGAUUGGAAGCGCAUUCCCAAGCUAGAGUUCCAUUGUCUCCAGGUCGUGGCCGCCGCCGGUCGUCAGGGCGUCCUUCAGCCUGAUGUCACCAGAAUCACAGGUCAAGACAAGCGAUCCGUGCCAAAGCGUACCGACUCGCUUGCCAGCAAAGGUUAUAUCAGCAAGGAGAUGUGUCUCGGUGGCGGUAUCAAGACCAGUCUGCUUCGUCUCAAGAAGUUAACCCAAGAGCCGACCUCCACUUUCUACACAGUCAACGGCAAGGCUGGAAAAGGCGAAGGCGGGACUCGUCGUAUGAUCAACUACGAACAAUGGUUCAGUGAAGUCAUGUCAACUCUCAAGAAACACGACGGUCUUAUCGCGUACGAAGACUUGCGCAAGGAGAUGGGCAUUCAUGGUUCGCGAUGGGAGACACGAGCUCUUCAUCGAUGCAUCAAGAGACUUGAAAGAUCGGGCUGCAUUCAAAGACUCCGCGCUCGUCUGGAAGGUCAACGACCCAAACAGGUCAAGCUAGCCGAAAAAGGCUCUGAGGCUUCCGAGCAUCGCUAUGAGAUCGAUUCCGAGGCUCCUACCGAAAAGAACGAUGCCGAGAAGACAGAACAUGAUCCGGAGAAUGUCUUCUGGGUCAGAUGUAUCAAGCUGCUCCGUGAGCCUGUCGAGAAGGACAAGGAAGCAUUCACGUCUACCGUCAAAUCUGGCAAAGUCGGCAAAGUUGUUGAGGAUCAAGAAUCCGAUGCAGAAGCCGAUGCCGAUAAUGAUGAUGACUACGUUGAGAUUGACGCCGCUGCUCUGGAUGGUCUGGGCAAGAUGACUGAGAUCACCAAGCGUGUGCCACCUCAAUGGCAGCCAGACAUGCAUCAUACGCAAUUUUUCUUCCACAUCAUUGCCAAUGCUGGUACCAAGGGGUUGAGUACCAUGGAUCUUGCCAACUACGGAUUGGGUCACUUCUGGCGACGCCCACUUGACGAAAUUAUGGGCAGACUCACCGACGUUUGGACCGUCUCACAGCCUCUCCAUCUCCGUCACCUUGCCAUUGUCAGAGACACUUCUCAGCUACAUCGUAUCUCUCACUACGUCUUCCGAAGCUAUCACAACUUUCAGAAGAUGGUAGAAAAUGGCGAUGCCGCCUGGGAAGCAAUCGACGUCAAGCCUGCAGAAGUCCUAAGAAAGCCUGAUCUCGAUGCUUGGGGCUUUCCGAAGGUCAAGGCCUCGACUAUCGUUGGUCAUGACGGUACGCACAAUGUCGCAGCUUGCAAGAAUAUUCUUGUCAGAUCAAAAGCCAAGCCAAAGCGACCCAUGUGGGAGAAGAAAGCAUUCAACUCUCCUAUGGGUCCUCUCUCAAGUAUGAGCACUCUGAAGACACCUAGAAAGCGUAUCGCGACCUCCGAGACCCCCUCCUCAGCCGCACAACCAGUCAACACAAUCGAAGAUGAGGAUGACGCUAUCGCCGCAUCUACUUACCCAUCCACACCUAAGACAAAGAAGAAGGUGUACAAGGUUAUGUUCAAAAUGAAUCCCAAGCGUGUCGAGGCCGAACUUCAAGAGUGGAAGGUCAGAUCGCACAGACUGGCUGUUUCGAAAGCUAGAGCAGAGCUUGGGCUGAACGUCAAGGAAGAUGCCCCUAAACUGAAGAAACGACGCAAGUCGACCAAGACUGAGGAUGUUGGGCCCGCGGAUAUCAGCCAAGUUCCUGCUUUGGUAUCCGAGACUGUAGCUUCUGCGUCGUCUGAUGCGCCUGUUCUUGGAGCUUCUGAGGGAUCAUCGACUAUCAUUUCUUUGCAUGAGCAAUCCAGUCACGAUGGUCCCGCAGUACCGAUGUUGACUUCUGCUCAACCCAAUGUGCAAGGUCUGCAGGAGCCUAGCAACAGGCCCACGGCAAAGUCACCCAAGAACCCAGAGCUUGAGAAGCGUGUGGCUGAUAUUGAGCUGGAUAUCUUGAACAUGACCAAGCCUGGUGCUUACAUCAAUCCUCCAGGCUCUGGUCAGAUGAAGAAUGACGUUGUCCAGCCAAAGGGACGUCCUUCACGAUAUCUCAUUGCAGUCUUCAAGUCUCAGAAACUCAAGUCUCUUCCGUGGUUCACACAAGAGGAUAUCUAUCAGGUAUCCUCUUCACAAGCGGCCACACCGGAACCUAGCUUCGACACAGCACAACCUGCUACCCCAGUUCCCGAACCUGCGACAGACCAUACCGAACUGGUUCAAGCAGAUGAGAUUCGCAAGUGGACUACUAUGAACACGGAGACUCAGGUACAAGAAGAGUCUACAGUAGAGCCAGAGGAAGAGAUUGUCAUCAAAGGAGGAAGAAGAAUCCAAGUCCAAAGACAAGGAAAGCGCAAGGCCUACGAAUCAUUGCGACAACGAGUUACGAAGAGGCUUGCAGUUAAGCAAUCUCUAGUCGAUGGCAAGUGGAAACCAUUGACCGAGCUUGAAGAGGCCUACAAGGUGACAUCCGAGGUUUCGCCUCCAGAUACGCCUUCAACAAACAGAGAGGCCACUGUAGCACCACAUGCCCUUUCUACUGCUGGUUCAAGGGUAUCCUUCGAUCCACCUAGUUCGGUCACAAACUUGCCCGAUAUAUCUAUGGCAGAUGCCUCAGCGGUCGAUUUACUUCUACAGCGAGCUGACAGUGCGCCUUUCGAGUCAGAGGAAGGAUCUGAAGCUGCCUCAGAAGAGCGUCAGGCCUCAGUAGGCGCAACGAAUGACGACAUGCAGAUGGAGGACGCAUCUCCGGCCGAAGUCUUCGAGGAAGAGACGCCGUCAACGAACCUAUCUAACCAGUCCAUCGAACAAAAAUCAGAAGACAUGCUACCAGAGCCUGUUGAAGCACAGCAAGCAAAGUCCAGUUAUGUUACAACAUCUGAGAAGAUUUUGGAGCCGUUCUUCCGGAGAGCAUCGAGAAGACCCGACGCACCGGUUAUCCUUGAAGAAGUUGACGACGAUGUUGAGUCACCAAGUGCACCUGCUCAGCUUUUCACAAAACCGGUCGUUCGAACCCCUACUACGGCUGCUCGCUUCUCCAGUCGCGCCAAAGCUCCUACCAAAGUUGGUGUUGGCCGUUCUGGAGGCAUCGUCAGCUACAACCGUAACAGGGUGCUGCUUGAGAUUGUGCACCAGAAUGGUGGUAUAUUCGGUGGUGACAGAGAACUCUUCUACCCCUUUGUCACUGUCUGGGAUAGGGAGUUCCAGCGUCGUCCUGAUCGUCAUACUCUUGACAGAGUUCUUGCUGGACUGAUUGAUGAGGGCAGAUUGAAGAAAGAGUCAUUCACCUUCUCAGCGCCUGAUGGAAAAAUCUUUACUAAAGCUAUCGUCAUGGAACCGCAGAUUGAUCCUGACAGUGAAGAAGUGCAGGCGCUCAAGCAAAAGAUCAUCGAGGUUCAUCCGAUGACAUAUGUUCCUGAAAGCAUUGAAGUCCUGCCCGAGCUUCGUCUUCGUAUAGAGCACGAUUUGAGAGGCGGCAAAGGCAUCCCGGAUGUUCACAAUCCGAACAGCUCCUUCAUUUACGACCAUACCGCUGUCGUCAGUCGUCUUCAAGGACCUCAAAAGGUUCAGCUCGGCAUGACAGAAGCCAGAAUGAAGAAGGGUGUCUCAGCCAGAAGACACAGACGCGAAGAGGAAGAGAGGCGUCAACAACGAUACAUGCAAGCUCAGAUGGAAGAAGACAUUGACAAUGCUGUGGCUGCUCUGACGACCGACUUCCAACUUGACUCUUACCAACACGACCCUACUAGAGCUGUUGUUGAUCGAGGUCCACGUGGUCGCGGAAGACUUGCAAAGCUGCAAAGAUGGGGUGCGGAAGAUCAAAUCAUUCCAAGACGUGCUCUUGGUCUCCUUACGACUACUGGUCAUGACGAUCAACUUGAAGCCGAGCAGAACAGUCGUGAUGCAGUCGCAGCCAGCGACUUUGGAUUGUUGAAGCCAGAAGUCAUUCCCACCGUGCCAUCGAGAGAUGUGCCUGAUGCUCCGAGGGUCCGUUUCGACUUGCCCGAGGAGCCUUCUCUUGUACAACUUUUGCAACAGAGGCAAGCAAGCACGUUCAGCGUUAUUGACGCUUUAUCGAUGACUGCUCCUUAUCAAAGAUUCCAUCGUCAAUCAGGUACAUUUUCGACCGAUCCUGUUGUCAUCACUACCUCCAGUCAACGUUCACAGUAUGGCUUUGUUGGUCAGAAGAUGCAGAUUCCAAAGUCGCUUGCAGACAUUUUCAAGCAGGCGGGAGAGGAAGCAACGCUGCUCGAGUUGCCAACGGAGAGCCCACACGUCGGAUACGAGCUUCCACGAUUCGCAGCUGUUGGGGUUACUAGGCUUCCCAGAUUGCACUCAGCAAGACCUCGCCCAGCACCAAGACCCCAACCAGAGUACAAGUCUUAUGGCCCAAAGGCAGUCUUACCACGUUCGAGCAGAACUGGUAUCUUCUCAAUGUCGGACAAAGAGGAGCAACGCCUCAUCUACGCUGUCGUGGUUGUCAAGACUCUUACUGGAGGUCUUGAGCAGAUUGUCAAUUGGGGACUCGUGCAUCAAGUCUUCCACUUCAAGUUUGAUCCCAACUACUGUCGUCAUCGUUGGGUCUUCCUCAGGCCCAAGUUGGGUGGUACAGCAGACAAGCUCCAAGUAGAGUUCCAGAAGCUAUUCCUUGAGGCUUACGCGAGUGGCGAGAUACCUAACAUCGACUUCAUUGAGCCGGAGAAGUACGACUGGCUGGGUAUUGUCGAGUGGGCUGAGAGAAGACUUGCUCGUGCCAACCCUCUGAACGGACUGCCCGAACUGCCCAAAGACCGUGAGGCACUCGACAAACGCUACGACGUCAGAAACGCUACCGAAGUGUAUAAUGUUCCGAGAGAAGAUUUCUGGGUCGCGAAUGUCACUCACUUGCGCAGAGAGGAGUUGGCCAACAGUUGGACUUUUGCACGACCGCUUGCAGGAGCUCCCAAGUCUGCCAUUAGCGACGACGGGCUUAUGUUGGCUCUAUCGUGGGUGCGCGCCAAUGUGGUCACACCCGACACAGUCUACGACAGUAAUCAAGCACAUGAGAAGCUCAUACAGAUUGAGGAGUAUCUACCUAGAGCGCUGGACCAUUUACUGGGAGCCAAGAUCAUCCGCAUGGAGAACAAAGGUCGUCAAAUUCCUGGACGCAACUACGAUAUUUCUGACUCGGUGUUGACGAUGUUCAAACGCCAAUGGGAUGUUCGCUAUCUCAAAAAGACUGCGGCGUUCAAGAAGGCUGUCGAUGAGGCGUUCGCCAAGGAUGGAAAGCUUGCUAUCAGUUACCAAGCGACUGAUGCAGAGAUGACCGGCAUGACCAACCUGGUUGCUGCCGGUCGUGCCAAAGUCGUGCCUCUUCUGCCUGAAGUCAAUCACUCCAUGGGUGCACCAUACCCUCGUCUGACCAAAUGGGGCUUUACAGAAGGCAACUACAAGACCGUCCACAUGGACAAGUCUCGCCUGCACUUCCUCCUCGAACUCCACCCCACAGACUCGUACGUCCACGGCAACCCAAUCUCACCCAUCCCCUCUCCUCCUCUCUCCAGACAAUUCCCCGACGAACUCGGCCCCCGCCUCCCGCUCUGGACAGACAUCCACGGCAAUCUCAUCAAAGUCUACUGGGAAAUGACAGUCAUGGCCACCCUAUGGCUAUUGGCUUUCCGCCCUGGUCUCAAGGUCAAGGAUAUGAGUAAAGGUGCUUACAAGAAUAAGCUUUGGGAUUGGGAAUUGGAGAUGUUUUUGGAGUGGGCGGAGAAUGCCGGGCUGGCCAAGAGAUUGAGGUAUGGUGGGGAGGGAGAGGAUGAGGAUAAGGAGGCUGAUGGGUGGGUUGUGGGGGAGUGGUGGUGGUUGGCUUUUGCGGUCGAGUAGACGGCAGAACAGCAAGACGCGAGGCUCUCUCGAGUUAGAUGGAGAUAGGGUCGGCUAGACGGGAUGGGGGAAUCUCGUUUGCUUGUACAGAUUACUAUGGCAGCUUCCUCGUUAAUUGAGAAAUGAAGAAGAUGCUUUUUCGGCUCUCAUGUCGUGUGCAAUUUCCCCAACAGUAAUUUUGAGAAUACGUGGAUGACUUUGGAG